GAGCUUACUGUUUGAACUGAGUAGACCUUCCUCAACCCCGCAUUCGGUCAUCUCGACUCUGUUCCAAGCUCAAAAACACCUUACCACAUUUCAAGUCCACCACGUACAUACAGCAAAAUGUCUGCGGCCUGUGUCUUCUGCAAGAUUAUCAAGGGUGACAUCCCUUCCUUCAAGCUCUUCGAGAGCGACAAGGUCUUCGCUUUCCUUGACAUUCAGCCCCUUAGCAAGGGUCACGCGCUCGUCAUCCCCAAGUACCACGGUGCCAAGCUCACCGAUAUCCCCGAUGACCACCUCCAGGAACUCCUGCCCGUGGCAAAGAAGAUCGCCCAGGCCGUGGGUGCCACCGACUUCAACAUUCUGCAGAACAAUGGCCGCAUAGCGCACCAGGUCGUUGACCAUGUCCACUUCCACAUGAUCCCCAAGCCCAACGAGACCGAGGGACUCGGCAUCCAAUGGCCCACCCAAGAGACGGACAUGGACAAACUCAAGGCUUUGUUCGAGGAGGUCAAGUCGAAAAUGUAAAUCUCCGGGAAAGUGCCCUGUAACCGCUAGUUUUUGCAAGAAGGAAAUGCACAGCGAUCACACUAUGAUCCAUCUUUAUCAUGAAUGAAUGAAUGAAUGCUUGGGCAAGAUUGCAGCAUUUCUCAGCCAGCAGUAACAUUUGAAUUUUAUCUUUGCGACGAGAGGGGAUUGUACCAUUGUUUGAGAGUGAAUUUGCCUAUUGUGAGAUGAAUUGAUGAAUUGGUGCAAGACGGAUUAG